AUGGCACCUUCCACAUCAUGGGCAGACGCUGAAAAUGAUUUACCGUCAACGGAAGUGGUUGAGAACUCUGACGGCACAAAAACCGUGAUCUCAUAUAAAUUUGAUGACAAGCAUCGCAAAGUGAAAGUUACCCAGACGAUCAAACUCAUCAAGGUUACAGAGAAUGUGAAUCCUGCUAUUGCAGCCAGAAAGAAAUGGGCGAGAUUUGGUGAUGAAAUGAAUAACAGUACAGUGGGACCAGAUGCCAGGACUACUCAGUUUGGAGAGGAAGUGAAACUAUUACUAUCAACGUCGUGGAAACAGGACGCAGAAAAGGAAAAGACGGAAAAGAAGAAAGAAACCAAAGAAAAAGUCCAGACCAUCAAGUGCAGAACUUGUGGUGGAGAUCAUUUCACCUCCAAGUGUCCAUUCAAGGAUACUCUUGGUGUGGAUCUGAAGAAGGAGGCGGAAGCCAAGAUGGCUGAGCCAUCGUCUGCCACUGUUGCAGCCGCUGCUGUUGCUGCUGGUUUAGGUGGUAUGGGUGCAAGCUCGUAUGUUCCACCACAUAUGAGAAGAAGACUGAACGGAGAGGCCCCUCUUCCUUCGGAAACAGAAAAGGAGGACACUACUACUCUUCGUGUGACGAACCUAAAUUCAAUGGUGGACGAGGGAAUGUUGAAUACUUUAUUCUCAAGAUUCGGAUAUAUCCAUAGAUUAACAAUAUUGAGAAACAGGGAGACAAGAGAGUCUAGGGGUAUUGCAUUUGUUGAAAUGGACUCUAUUAGCAACGCUAAGAGGGCUAUAGAAGGUGUUAACGGACGUGGUUUCAUGAACUUGAUUGUUAAUGUCGACUUUGCCAAGCCAAGAGGAGAACGCUGA